AUGCACAAAGAAAAAGAAGACAUCCACGGGCACAGAAGAGAACACUCACCGUACGACCACAUCAUGCCUGACGGUGAAAUGUUCUUACAGGCACUCAAUGGUUUCUUGAUGAUCUUAACGUGUGAAGGCGAGGUGUUCUUCGCGACCCACAGCAUCGAGAGUUACUUAGGCUUCCAUCAGUCAGAUAUCGUCCACCAGUCUGUCUACGAGCUCGUCCACUCCGAAGACCGAGAAGAAUUACAGCGGCAGAUUCUCUGGAAUUCUUUUCUUCCUCCAGAAGUUAGCAAUCUCACGCUGCAAGACGUCCUCAGAUCUGACAGGGCACAUCUACUCGAGAGGAGUUUUACUGUUAGAUUUAGAUGUCUACUUGAUAAUACUUCAGGUUUCUUGAGGCUGGAUAUCCGAGGACGUAUCAAAGUCCUUCACGGCCAGAACAAGAAAACUGAGGAGCCCCCAUUAGCAUUGUUCGCGAUAUGUGCUCCGUUCGGGCCACCCAGCUUGCUUGAGAUCCCACAGAAGGAAGUCAUGUUCAAGAGCAAACACAAGCUGGAUCUCUCUCUAGUCUCCAUGGAUCAAAGGGGUAAAAUGUUGCUGGGCUAUACGGACGCUGAGCUGGCGAAUAUGGGUGGAUACGACUUGGUGCAUUACGACGACCUGGCGUACGUCGCCAGUGCGCAUCAAGAAUUAUUAAAAACAGGUGCUUCUGGAAUGAUCGCUUACCGCUUCCAAACCAAGGAUGGCACGUGGCAAUGGCUGCAGACCUCCUCAAGACUAGUCUACAAGAAUUCCAAACCUGAUUUUGUAAUUAGUACGCAUCGGCCUCUGAUGGAAGAAGAGGGCAGAGAUCUCUUAGGAAAAAGAACGAUGGACUUCAAAGUGAGUUAUCUGGACACUGGACUAACGAGCCUCUACUUCUCCGAAUCUGAACAGCUCUCUGGAUGUGAGACAAACGUCACCACGCCUCCAAGAGCAGCCAGACGAUAUAAAACGCAACUGAGGGACUUCUUAUCAACGUGUAGAAAUAAGAGAAGAGUCCCCACAACACCAGCUCCGCCUCCAGUAGACUAUUUAGCAGCAGACGCCGUAGCAGCAGCGUACACCAAUCUAAACGGAGCUUACACAGCUCCUUAUGGAGAAUACCCUCCGGCCCCAGCAUUACACUAUGCUCCGCCACCUUUAGACGACAGAUUCUUAACAGCUGAUAACCUUUUCCAUCAGUAUAAACCUUUGUCUUACCACUAUACACCAUAUGCGCCAAAUGGCUUCCUAGAACCCGCACCUCCUCCUGGUUACGAAGUAGCACCGAGUUAUCACAGACCACCUUCAAGAGAAUACACUUACGUAGACAGCAGCGGUAGAUAUAUGAGUCCUGUAACAGGACAGGAAAGAAGGUCACCUUCUAUAGUCCCAGGACCGAGUCCUGCAGGGUCUAGUAACUCUGAGCAAGAACGAAUGCAGCAGCCUCAAGCAUCAGAGAUGCCUCGGCAGACUGUGCUCAUGUGGGGCGCUGGAGGAGCGGCUCAAGAGGUCCCCGUGGAAUACUCACCUCCUCAGGUUUGGCGCUACCACCCAUCGCACUAUCAUACCGCUGAAGCAACUCAAUGA